AUGUCUCCAUAUCGGUUAGUCUUUGAGAAAGCAUGCCAUCUACCAGUGGAGUUGGAACACAGAGCAUAUUGGGCCAUCAAGCAGUUUCACUUUGAUAUGAAACGAGCUGGCAACAAGAGGAAGCUACAUCUCAAUGAACUGGAGGAAUUACAGCGAGAUGCAUAUGAGAGCGCCAAGCUCUACAAGGAAAGGACCAAAGCAUAUCAUGACAAACAACUACUCAGGAAGGAGUUUCAUGUAGGACAAAACGUGUUGAUUUAUAAUUCAAGAUUGAAACUUUUCCCUGGUAAGCUCAAGUCAAGAUGGUCUGGACCUUGUAUUAUUACUCAAAUUUUCCCUCAUGGAGAGUUGGAGGUUCACAAUCCAAAAAGCAAUCGCAUAUUCAAGGUUAAUGGACAUAGAGUAAAGCCAUAUCUCGAAGUGAAAUUGGUACCAAGAGAUGAAGAUCUGGCACUCCAAUCUACCCCCUAUGCACCACCACCAUCUGGAGCAUCUACUUCUAGACAGCAAUGA